UAUGUUUGCUUUCAAAAUUUUUGAUUUUGGUCUGCUCAUGGAAGUCUAGGGUUUGGCAUAGGGACAGAAACCCCUAAUUCGAAAUUCUUUCUGGCUUCCUGUUCUCUCCUUUUCUUUUUUACUUGCAUCGAUCGCUGUCUCCGUGCUUCACAGUCCACCCCCCUAACAGACCAAGUUCCGUACGAAGCCAAAUUCCAGUAAACCCUAAAAAGUUUGGGGUUUAUAGCUAAUCCUACUGUGUCCUGUUUGGGAUUCUUGUUCUCCAAAUAGAUUUGGAAAUCCCUGGAAAAGCCACGCUUUUCAGAGAGCACUUUUCAUUGGGUUUUUAUGAGUGCAGACUGUGUCGAUGGCUUCGGAGCUGAUCGGAGAUGAGGACUCGAGAGAGAAGCAGCCAAAGCGGGCGGACGGCAGCAAAGUCUACUCGCGCAAGAGACUCGGCACUCAAUCCUCGCUGACCCCGGUUGUCACGACCGAGUACAAGAACUCGUUGAUCCCGCAAGCGGGCUCUCAAUCCGAGGAUGCGGUGGCGUCUGAUGAUUCCUCGAGUCAGAGUUUGGAGCGGGCGAGUUUGUCCAAGGUGCGUGAAUUAGCAAAAGGUAGCUCGACGCCUGGUUAUGCUUUGUUUGGUCGCAGUGUUCGGAUUAGUGUCGAUUCAAGAUCGAAAUUUGAGAUUAGAGAGCUUAAGAGAAAGCUGAUGAGAGAGCUCGAUCAAGUUAAGAACUUGCUGAAGAGACUUGAAUCUAAGGAGAUCCAAGUUAACGGUUAUUCGGCAAGCGAUGCUGUUGGUAAGGCCGGGACGUUAGUGCGUGUAAACUCCGAAGUGGGUUCCGUGGGCGUACCAGUUCCUCAGCCUUUUCAAGGUCAUGGUGUUUCCAUGGCUGAUAGCAACAAUGGCGUUGGUAGGGAGAUUUUAGGGAAAGAUAGAAGAAACCCUAAGGUGAAUCAGCUUCAUCCGCAUUCAGAAUCGGUCGCUCAUAAGGACAAGUUCCGACCACAGGAGAGCAACAAGAAGAUGAAAAAAUCAAACAGAACGAUUGAUGAUAGGGGACCGAGUUUUGGGCUUGAUAAGCAUUCCAGUCAAUUGUAUAAGAGUUGUGACAGUUUGUUGUCUAGAUUAAUGAAGCACAAAUAUGGGUGGGUUUUUAACACGCCUGUGGAUCCUAAAAAGCUUGGGUUGCAUGACUACUUCACCAUCAUUAAGCAUCCAAUGGAUUUGGGUACUGUGAAGUCUAGGUUGAAUAAGAACUGGUACAAGUCACCCAGAGAGUUUGCAGAGGAUGUGAGAUUAACAUUUCAUAAUGCAAUGAUAUACAAUCCUAAAGGCCAGGAUGUUCACUUCAUGGCUGAGACAAUGCUGAAGUUAUUCGAAGACAGUUGGAAAGUCAUAGAGAAGGAGAACAAUCUUGAUCAUAGAUAUGAUGUGAGUUUGCCAACACAUAUUUCCAAAAAGGCUCCUACUCCUGCUCUCAUAGCUCCGCCAGCAUCGUCAGUACAUUCUGAUGCGGAAAAUUUGGAUAAAUCAGAGUCUAGGCCAUUGCCAGUGGAUUCUAGGACUAAGCCUGCCAUUCCCGGACAUCCAGGUAAGAAGCCAGUUCCUAAGAAUCCUGAAGCCCAGGAUUCUCACAAGAGGGAUAUGACAUAUGAGGAGAAGCAAAGGCUUAGUGAAGACCUCCAAACUUUACCUUCAGAAAAGUUGGAGGAUGUUGUUCAGAUAAUAAAGAAGAGGAAUCCUCAUCUAUUUCAACAGGAGGAUGAGAUUGAAGUCGAUAUUGACAGUGUUGAUUCUCACACUCUUUGGGAGCUGGAUAACUUUGUGAAUAAUCAUAAAAAAAGCCUCACCAAGAACAGCAGGAAGGCUGAGGUUCCUCUUGAAUCAUGCACUGAAGAUGGCAAUGCUGUGGCUGAGAUGAAUGAGGUCAUUGUCGUUGGGGAGGCACCAACAGAGAAUGCGGAAGGGCCAGCUGAAGAAAAUGCAGUUGUACAUUCUCCACCUCUAUUAGAAAAGCUAGGUGCUAAUGUGAGUGAAUCAAGUAGUUCAAGUGGUUCUAGUAGUGACUCUGGAUCUUCUUCAACUGAUUCUGACAGUGAUAGGUCCUCUUUGUAAUAUCAGCUACUUGUGAUUCUUGUAUUCGUCUAAGUUUAAUCAAGUUACCUCGUGCAUAGUUCAUAUAGCCACAGAACGAUUCUUGUUGGCCUUGGGAGAUGCAGCUGCGGCUUUUGCACUGUUAUCUCUUAGAGCUGAUCUGCCUUCAUGCUGGAAGUAGGAAGCAAUCUUCAUCUGACGAAUUUUUAUCAGAGAUCAUAGUUUUAUUAGUGGUGCAAAGCAUGGUUUACAAAAUUGGUAGAAACAGGUAUCUAAAUAAGAGGAACAUAUUCAAGGAACCUAGUAAGAUUUUGUGAUGACAAUUUUUUUAAGCGAGUCUUGUACCGCCAUUAUUUUUUUUCAGUAGGAGGAUCAAAUUGGAUGAUCAUGUCUUUUGUCAUUUUCAAUGAUGAUUGCACUUGGAGUGCCUCCCUAUUUGAGCUGGUAUCUUGAAGUUAGCAUGCUUUUAUCAGUUCAGAUACUGUUCUUUUUUCCCCUCUAAACAUUGACUUGUACUGCCAUCCUUGUAUUUACGUUCAGAAUGGUGUCUGAUUUCACCUGAGCUAUGUGAUUUAUCAGUGGUAUCACUCCAUUCUCAGGCUUCUAUUUUUCGUUCUUGGUUUCUUUUCCCGUCAUUCUUGCUCAUUGAAAGUGGCAAAAAGAAUGCCUUAUAUCUUAAUCUCGAUUUGGUGUGGGAUG